AUGAAUCCCGAGGAUGUGAAAGUUGAAGAGCGCGGUUACGGAAAGACCUUCUUCUUCCGCAUCAACGGCGAGGCCCUAUUCGUGAGAGGCAGCAACUGGAUCCCGGCUAGACUCUUUGCGGGAGGUGGAACGGAUGCAGCGGUGGUGGAGGCGCAUCUGCUACAAUCAGCGGCCCUGGGAGGUGUGCAGAUGCUGCGCGUGUGGGGCGGGGGGCGCUACGAGGCCCGCCGUUUCUACGACCUCGCCAGUCGCCUCGGCAUCAUGCUCUGGCACGACAUGAUGUUUGCCUGCGCUAUGUAUAAGAAACCUCCCAGCGGAGAAGUGGACAGUGCAGAGACGGAGGUGCGACAGCAGGUGCGGCGACUACACCAUCAUCCUGCCAUCGUAGUGUGGGCUACGAAUAACGAGGUUGAGGUGGCCGCCGCUCAGCACUGGUACGGCCCUAAAAUUGAUAAGCAGGAGUAUCGUCGUCGAUUUCUCGACUCAAUUGCCACCAUCGCGAUGCGAAGUGAGAUACCGACUGUACAAGGCCCUGGUUACAUCCCUCGCCGCGUACUCCUCUCAUCUCCCAGCAAUGCGGAGUCCUCCACCGACCCCUACGGCAUCGACUUGAACCCUCAGGAUCCCCUCUCAGGUGAUGUUCACUUCUAUUCCUACUACGAAGACCUGUGGGAUGAGUGUACGUACCCAGUUACUCGCUUUACAUCGGAGUAUGGAAUCAUGUCUUUGCCUGGUCCUUUGGCGUGGCUACGGUCGCUGGACAACAGUAGCAGCCGACCGGAUGAUUGGAUGAUUCGCGGGCAGCUAAUGAUGCACAGGCUACACAAAACCGAUGGCAUUGACAUCCUGCAGAGAUUCAUUAGGGAGAAGUUCGGAGAGCCGAAAGUCGGCCAAACGAAAGAGGAGACGUACACUAUCUGGACGUACCUGACACAGCUCUACCAAGCUAUUGCCUACAAAACCCACAUCAACCUUCUGGAGCGCCAUCAGUGCACAAUUUUCACAGGCGCUCCAAACGACAACUGGGAUUGUAUAUCGACGGGACAGGGCAGAUCGAUGGGUCAUCUCUACUGGCAGCUAAACGACGUGUGGGCAGCUCCAACCUGGUCCACAAUCGAUGUGGCCGGUCAGUGGAAGAUUGCGCAUUACCUUGCCAUCAGAGGCACCGCAUCAAUCACUCAUCCGAUUGGUCGAGCAGUCGUGUCCAGGGUGCGAAAUCGGGUGUUGGUCAAUUGGGUGCCUCCAAUCAACCCACCGACAGACAACCAAAUACGUCUCAGCGUGGUUUGUUCCUCCAUUCUUUCCUUUGUCCCCCAACCGAAGGUGCUCUUCCAGAGCGGAGACAAUUUUGGACCCUGGAAACCAAACGGAUGUCCUCUAGAAGUCACUAACUUCACUAUGAAAUGGUUGCUCUCCAGCUGCCCGUCGGGAGUUCUCACUACAGUGAUUGAAAACGCGGUGGAACAGACGAAUGAUACCGUACUUCUACUGACUCCCAAGGAAAUGGCGCACCAGUGGCCGGCGACAGCAGGGUCUGUUUCGGUCACAUCGGUCAGACGCGUCAAUACAACACCCCCCGAAAUCCCGAGUCCACCUUUUCGGUGGGACCAGGCAUUCGAGGUGCAGCUGCGUGCGAAGAGCCCCGAGAUUUUUGUCUGGCUAGUGAUUGAUCCCUACAUCAAUCUCGACGGCUGGUUUUCCAACAACGCCUUCAAUAUGCUGACCUGCGAAGAGCAUAGUCUCUAUUACUACAUAAAAGGAAGGAUUCCUGUCUUCGAAAAGCGUCUGUGGAAAGCUAUUAGGAUAUACACACUCGCUUCGAUUGCGUCCGACAGGUGA